UCCAAGCUUUUAGGAAGCUCUCUGUCAUAUGAUAUUACACACUUCAUCCUGGUGAGGCCCGAGAUUUGCGCAACAGUAACAACGCAUCAAUACGCCCACAACGAUGGACAGCAUGGACCUGGCACCACUUACAUAUAGGUCGUUCAUGGCCUUGGCUAAUACUACCAACACAACUCACCCUCCGUCAACUAACCAUAGCCAUUCCCUCGGCCACCAUGCAGACAAAAGCAUGGGUAUGCUUGCUUGGUGCUCUGGUCGAAGCAGCCAGAGCUCACUCGUGGCCUUUGACGACCAUCACACCUUGUCCAUCGGCACCAGCACUGGAGCUCGAACCUAUUACCGUCACUUCUCAAUACCAAGCGGUUUCUACAUGUGAGCCGAGCUCGACCUGUCAUCGCUCUCGUUGCACGACGAUAUAUCCUCUGCGGACGUACGAAUAUGUGUCAACCGUUAUCCCUUGUCCAUACGAGUCGUCUUCUGUCUCAACCGUGACUCGUACUGAACAAUCAGUCCUGGUCUCUCGGGCCACAACGACCAUCACGAGUACCAGUCUAUCAACGAGCAUAACUGUCGUCGAAGGCACCCCCACAAUUUCGCUUGUUCCGCAAAGAGAUUACACUACAGUGUCUAAGGAAUGGUCAGCACCAUACAACAGUCUUGGACCCCUCGCAAUUGCUGGCUACUCUGGAAGUGGUCUUUGUGCCGAGUGUGAUUUCUCUCAGACGUUGGAGGUGAUUGAAUGUAUCAACAGCAGUCAGGAUCCAAUCCAGUGCAGGCGCGGACAGGAAACUUGGAUCAUCAAAGCACCACCAACCUCAUCGGCCGCUGUGGCUCACUGCUCACUUGCAACAGCAGUCCCAAGUGCGGGCGUAUAUACAUUCGCGUUUCCCCAGAUUUGCGAAGCCUUUACGCUACAAGCUCCUGCUCAAACAGUGACCAUCACAGUUGGUGAUAACGAACAUGCGAGUAUUGCUAUCAGCACCAUACAAGCCACGACGACAGUCUUUCCUGCGCAGCAGUGGACGGCGUUUGCUACACGGUCGUGCAGUGGACCAACCACAUUCAACUUCCAGGUCGAUGUCACGAAAACUAUCACUUACCAGUGGCCGCAGAUCACAUUGCAGGAUAGCUCGUCCAGCAACAUUCCGGAACCCGUCGACUGGAGUGAUUGGGAAACUACGACAGCAGCCAGCACUGGCAGUACGGCAGUGACGCACACAACGUUGCCGGUUACUUCGUCAGCGUCCGUCCAACCAGCCAGCGGGACCACCAGCAGUGGUGCUUCGACGACAAGUGUCACGUUCUCGGUCCUUUCUAGUACAACCAGCCUUUCUUCGAGCUCUACUACCACUGUCCUGGUUAGUUCAACGGGCUCUACGUCUUCCACUUCUUCACCAACUUUCACUGCUGUAAGCACAUCGGAAUUCAGUACUACUCUUUCCUCCACGCCAAUUGUGACCACCUCAACUGUGACGACGUCAGGCGUCACCACGGCUUCGGACACGAGCACCGCUUCAGGCACCGCGACCUCCAGCUCUGUCACCACCAGUCUAGUUGGAAGCACGACUAGUACAUCGUUUGCCUCGAGCAGCCAGGUCACCACGACUUCCACACCGACCACGGCAACUUCCACUACAACCCUCACUAGCACCACCAGUACUACGAGCGUCUCUCCCACCGGAUUUGUCCUUCGAAUAACGACUUCUUCUAGCUUGCGCCGUCGGGGCUUGCAGUAUUUGGGGUUCGACGCGAAUAACAAUGGCAAGGUUGUGACGGACGCUGAUUCUGCGGCAAUAUUCUUUGAGGGUGAUGGAAGCACACUUCUCUCCGACGAAAUGUACCUCGGCACGGAAGUCGCGCAAGAAGCCCCUGUGAAGCGUGUCUCGACUGUGCCUGCAGGAUUCCACGAGUGGAGCUUUUCGGGAGGACUAGCCCAGUUGCAAGGUGCAGCCGGUUUCUGCUUGGAAGACGAUGAUCUCGUAAAUGCCAUUGUUUCGAACAGUACUUGUAGCAACGCCAUCUAUCUGAUCCAGACUGCUUCGCCAGUGACAAGUUCGACUACCACUGCCACUUCGUCAACGUUCAGUUCGACCACUACUGCGGUGGACACGACUACUUCCGCAAGCCUAGAUACAACGACAACAACAACGAGCGGGACUUCAUCGGCCUCGGGCACACUGAGCACAACAACCAUCGGAACAUUGACAACGACGACUAGCUUCUCCAGUUCGUCUUCUACUUCAACGACAUCUUUCGCAUUGAGUACAACGACUGCUUCGGUAAUCAGCUCAACAAGCUUUACCACUGAACCCACUUCAAGCACCACUCAGAGUGGAUUUUCCUCCACGGCGAUAACAACUGAGACAACUACAUCAGGUACAACAAAUGCCACGACAACCAGCUCAACAAUCACGCCGACUAGCAGCACAAUCAUCACUACCACUACCUCACCAACGUCGAUGAAUACCACCACCACUACCUCGACAAGCCACUAUCACUUCCUUCACAACAGCAACCAGCAAUACAACAAUUACCACCAGCACUCCGACAACGGCAAUCAACAGUACGACCACAGGGUAUGUCAACUCGACAAGUGCAGCCUCAGAGACCACCACAGGCACUACCACAACUACAACCACCACAACAACGACCGGGUCGAGCGCGAGCCCGCAAUUACCAUCUCCCACGUACGUCUACGACCCCGAUGUGAGCGGAGACGCCGAUGAUGCCUACUACGUGCAAAGUAUUGGCGUAGACGUAGCUCUAUACGGCUAUCUCAGUGACACCCUCUACAUUUCCUCCAACGGGGUAAGUUCUGAUCCUGCUGCUGA